AUGGCGGAGUCGAGAAGCAGACGCCCGAAUCCGGUGGACGAAUUCAAAAAUAUGGAGUUCGAGACCUCUGAGGAUGUGGACGUCCUACCAACUUUCGAUUCCAUGAACCUUAGGGAAGAUCUUUUGAGAGGAAUAUACGCCUAUGGCUUUGAACGACCGUCUGCAAUCCAACAGCGGGCAAUCAAACAAAUUAUUCUUGGGCGCGAUGUGAUUGCGCAGGCGCAGUCUGGAACGGGAAAGACAGCCACUCUUGCAAUUGCUUCAUUACAAGUUCUUGAUAUUCAACUACGUGAUACUCAAGUUCUCAUUCUGUCGCCUACACGCGAGCUAGCAUUGCAAAUUCAGAAGGUUAUUUUGGUGCUGGGAGAUUUCAUGAACGUGCAGUGCCAUGCCUGCUAUGGCGGCACUAAUGUCGGCGAAGAUAUCAAGAAGCUUGAUUAUGGUCAACAUAUUGUUUCGGGAACUCCGGGUCGGGUUUUUGACAUGAUUAAAAGACGAAAUCUGCGUACGCGAACCAUCAAACUGCUAAUUUUGGACGAAGCUGAUGAGAUGCUUGACAAGGGCUUUAAGGAGCAGAUUUAUGAUGUUUAUCGCUAUCUUCCUCCCGGGACUCAAGUAGUUCUUCUGUCUGCUACUAUGCCCCAUGAUAUUCUUGAGAUGACGUCUAAGUUCAUGACUGACCCCGUCCGCAUUCUUGUUAAGCGAGACGAACUUACCUUGGAGGGGAUCAAACAAUUUUUCGUGGCAGUUGAGCGAGAGGAGUGGAAAUUCGAAACACUCUGCGACCUCUACGAUACUCUGACGGUUACCCAAUCUGUCAUAUUUUGCAACACUCGUCGAAAGGCCGAAUGGCUGGCCGAUAAAAUGCGUAAGAGUAACUUCACCGUUACAGUUAUGCACGGUGACAUGGUGCAAAAAGAGCGGGAAGAAAUUAUGAGAAAUUUCCGUAGCAGUGAAAGUCGCGUUCUGAUUACUACUGACCUCCUGGCGCGAGGUAUAGACGUGCAGCAGGUGUCCAUGGUCAUUAACUACGAUUUGCCAAAUAAUCGUGAGCUUUACAUUCAUCGUAUUGGAAGAUCGGGACGUUUUGGGCGCAAGGGUGUUGCUAUAAAUUUCGUGAAAAACGAAGAUAUUCGCAUCUUGCGAGACAUUGAGCAAUACUACUCCACUCAAAUCGAUGAAAUGCCAAUGAACGUGUCCGACCUAGUUUAA